AUGAACAUGAAGAACUCGUCCGAAAAUCAUUUGGGUAUGGCCAAGAAAGUAGCCUCAAAAGGCUACAGAAAUGUGAGAAGUGGUGUGAUCGAAUCUCAGAAUUUGGAUCCUCUUUUUGGUCAGAGUCGUGCUUUUGCACUUGAAGGUAAUCUUGUCAAUCCUCAAGUUAGAAAGUACUUGGAUCAAGUUAGACGUCAAGCUCUUUGUACUCUUGGAGCCGAUCCAACGUACACAACACAUAAAAUCGAGAAGCGCAAUCAUGAUACUAGCCUUUACGAUGACGAACCCCUCCUGGAUCAAAGUUUGGCCUAUUUUAACAAAAACUGUCAAAGUUGGCUGAAGUGGUUUCGGGAAUUAGAGGGUCAAGCGCAUGAGGGGUCAUUUAGUUUACCGGAUUAUACGCCGGAGACAUUGGACCUGUUAAUGUUUUACUUCAAAAAUUUUCUGCAAGCACAGCACAUAUUGAAGGAGAAUGAGGACGAAGGUGGCCUACAGUUACUGAAUAUCCUAAACAUCUUGGAGCCAUUGCAUAUUGAUACGCAAGAUGAGACUCUUGAAAUGGAUGACGAAUGGGCUUGUAGCCUUGCUGAGCAACUGAAGUCUAAACGCGGAAAAACUGUGCGCAGUUUGGAUGACCUACGUCGGUUCAUCAGCAAGCCGGCUCCCUUGCCUUCGAAUUUCAAUUCCUGGCACUACUACAUCACCACGACAGAGCCUACCAACGCCCUGCUGCGAACGCUUUCACCAGAGCAGGUUUUCCGCCUUGCCAGCUAUUUGAAUCAGUGGCUAGGUGAUAUAUCCAAGGGCAAACAUGUCGAGAAGCUUUCACAGUGGACACUGUUCAUUCUGGUGUAUUUGGAUGGCAAGCUGCCGUCGCCCGAAGUCAGUGUCCUACGUGAUCUGGGCAAAAAGGCCCGCUCAUUGAAGCUUAAGAAAACUGGUUUGCAAUCCAAUGAUGACACCAAAUUCUUGCAUGUUCCGAGAGAUAUGGAUGGGCCCCAAACGCUCAUUGAGCCGCUUACGGCGCUUGACUUAGUGAUGGUGGUCGUUGCUUUCAAAUACGGGCAACGAGAUCUGAUCGAAUGGUCCAAUGAAACAGAGGCCCAACUAUCGUAA